AUGGGGAUAAAUACAAAUUACAUGGCCAUAGCCAUUGCUAUAUCUUUGCUAUGGAUAUUCAUUAUGAUGGUAUAUCUGGGAUUAUUAGAUGAGCCGAGAGCACAAAUCACUUCCUUACACCAGCGAUAUCAUGCAUCAGCUCAUCCAACUUCCCAUGGUCAUUCUGAGCUGCUCAUACUACCUGUAACUCUUAAAAAUAAUGAUAACAAUAAUGAUAUGUCGAAAGAAAUGCAGGAAGAGCAAUUUUCAUUAAAUAAAAUACCAGAAAUUGAUCUCGAGAAGUUGUCAGUCGUGCAGAAUCAACAGGAACAGAAGCAACGUGAAAUAAGUUACGCCAAAUAUGCGUUCAAUGAGUUCUUGAGCAGCAGGAUUGGACCACGACGAAAGAUCCCAAAUACACGCCAUUAUUUAUGUCUGAAUGAAAGCUAUUCAGAAGAAUUACCAGCAACAAGUAUUAUUAUCUGUUAUUAUAAUGAAGCUUCAUCAGCUCUGAUUCGCAUGGUUAAUAGUAUCUUGGAUAGAACGCCAUCAAACUUGGUUAACGAAAUAUUACUGGUGAAUGACUGCAGUGAUCUCGACAAUGCAUCUGAUGCCGCAGUACGCUCAUACGCUCGUGAUAACUGGAACAGUGACGUGGUGAAAAUGUUGAGUACGGAAAGAAAUGAGGGAUUGAUUCGAGCAAAAAUAUUUGGAGCGCAACAUGCUACAGGUGAGGUACUGGUGUUUCUGGAUAGUCACUGCGAAGUGAAUGAACGAUGGCUCGAACCUUUGCUGGAUCGAAUCGUUGCUGAUAGGCAUACGGUUGUCUGUCCGAUUAUCGACGUCAUUGAUGCAGACACUUUGAAGUAUAUGGAAUCGCCAAUAUGCAAAGGAGGCAUGUCUUGGUCACUAGCAUUUAAAUGGGAUUACUUUCCAUCAUCAUAUUUCGACGAACCUAAACAAUAUAUACGCCCGUUGAAAUCACCAACGAUGGCUGGUGGUUUAUUUGCUAUUGACAAGAAAUAUUUCGAUAGUCUUGGACAAUAUGAUCGAGGAAUGGAAAUUUGGGGAGCAGAAAAUGUAGAAAUUUCUUUAAGGAUUUGGAUGUGUGGCGGCCGUUUAGAAAUUAUCCCGUGUAGUAGAGUUGGUCACAUAUUUCGUCAACGACGACCUUAUGGACUUGGAGUUGAUUCAAUGGGACGAAACGCAGCUCGUGCUGCCAACGUUUGGCUCGAUGAAUAUAUUGAGCAGUUUUACGCAGCCAGGCCAAAUCUGCGAGGGAUCGAUAUAGGCGAUAUAAGGGAAAUGAAAGCAUUGCGUCAGAAACUACACUGCAAACCGUUUUCAUGGUACCUUCAAAAUAUUUAUCCAGAAUUGCUUCCGAACAACCACUUAACAACAAACACUUCAAGUCAACUAACAAUGGUCGACUUGAAGAAAUCUGAUAUGUUGUGGAACAGAAAUAUUGCAAGAUAUCACAUAGCCUUAUAUAACACAAGCUUAUGCUUGACAGCUCAGUCAACGAAUAGACGUUUGGUGAGAGGGAAUAGGAUCAUUGUAGAAUAUUGCAACAAAGGAGAUCGUCAUCAAAGUUGGCACUGGACAAGACUUGGCGAACUUCGCCCCAUGGGUUCGGCAACACUUUGUCUCGAUUCAAUGAAGGGGCCGCGUAUUCUAAAGUGCCACCUACAAGGCGCUCACCAAGAAUGGUCGCUAAUGGAUCAUAAAAUCUACAAUGCAGCCGUCGGUCAAUGCUUACAUGUCGAAAAGGAGUUGUCGAGUAUAGCUAAAAAUCGUUUUUGCUCUGUUGCAAGCAAGUGGGAAUUUCGGAUCGACACUCACACUAGGUGA